AUGGCGACAAGUUCAUUGUCAAAUAAACAGAUUGCUUCAUCUCCUAAUAAUGAAAAUUUGAGUGUACCAAAGAUCGCCGCCGCAGCUACUAAUAUAAUUGACCAUCAUCUGGCAAGGAUCGUUACGGGCAAUGCAGAAAAUUUACGUGCACAUCUUGACUCGAUGUAUAAACUGCUGCGACCCGACGAUCGUCUUACCUUGAUGGUCCAAUUGGAAAGUGGUUUUCCAAAUCGUUUUCGUUACCUAGUCAUUGUUACAUGUGUCGGAAGACAAGAAACAGAAGAAUCGGCUAUUCUUGGUUUCGAUGUCGAUACAAACGAGAUUACAAUCGGUAUGACAUUACCAAUAUGGGCCGAUUUGGAUAUAACACUCGACGGUGAUGGUGGUUUUAAAUUAACUUCGUACGAUCGAUGUCAUAUUUUCAAGCCGGUGAGCGUACAAGCUCUGUGGACUGCUUAUCAGAGUUUGCACAAAGCAUCAAAUCAAGCUCGUCUUUAUAAUUAUAUAGCUAAUAAUGGUGUAACACACAGUUGGAUUGAAUAUUAUCGUAAUCCCGAUAUGCGUUCAAAUCAAAUCUAUGUUAAUGAAUGGAAUCAAAUGGAUGAUAUUUUAUCACAUCGUAGUGAUUCACCUCAUUUAUAUCAACCAUUAUCGUCAGAUGAAGAAACACUUCGUGCUAGAAUACAUGUUAAAUUAAAAGAAAUUAUGUUACAAGUUGAUCUUGAUGAAGUGACAUCGAAAUUUUUACGUGAACAAUUAGAAAAUGCCUUUCAAAUGUCUUUAUCUCCUUAUAAACAGUAUAUUGAUGAUGUUAUGUUACAUAUUCUUGCUCAAAUGGAUAAACCAACAAUGAUAUUACCGCAUUUAUAUCUUGGUUCUGAAUGGAAUGCAUCAAAUUUUGACGAAUUAAAAGCAAAUAAUAUUGGUUAUGUAUUGAAUGUUUCACGAGAAAUAGAUAAUUUUUUUCCUGGCCAUUUUAAGUAUUUAAAUGUUCGUGUACAUGAUCAUGAUGAUGCAGAUUUAUUAAAAGAAUGGGAAAAAACAUUUCGAUUUAUAAAUGAAGCAAAAGCUAAUAAUCAAUGCUGUUUAGUUCAUUGUAAGAUGGGUAUUAGUCGAUCUGCAUCGACGGUAUUAGCAUAUCUUAUGAAAGAAAGCAAUCAUUCAUUUACUGAUGCUUUGGAACAUGUUAAAAAACGACGAUCAUGUAUCAAUCCAAAUGGUGGUUUUAGAAAUCAAUUACUUAUUUAUGAAGGAAUACUUGCAGCAAAUAAAACAUUUCGAAGUAAAUUAAAUGACAGUCAGACAACAACAACAACGACAACAAUUGGAAAAAAAACAGUGGCUACACCUGCAAUAUCUUCAACAUCGAUUGGUACUAAAAGUACAUCAAAUCUACCUGUUCAACGUUCAUCAUCACCAAAUUCUAUAGUUUUUAUGCGAACACGAUCUCCAAAUAAAUCAAGUCCUAUUGUUGUUGUACCUCGACAAACAUCUGAACAUUGUAAACAAACAUCACAUGUAACUACUCGACCGAAUUCCAUGAUUUAG